AAAAUAUUUUGUAAUUGUAUGCUGAACAUACUUUUAUGACUGAAAUGUUUCAUCUGAGAAUCUUUAUUUUGGUUAGUGUUCUGAUAUGCUGUAUUGGUGUACUGGGGCAAGUAGAAUAUGAAAGGUGUAUCACAAACUCUGGCCAUGAAGGCAUAUGUAUUAUUGCACAUCAAUGUAAAUUUGCAAUAGAAAAUAUUCUUAAAGGUAUCGAAAUGGAAGUUAUAUGUAACCAAACUAAACAUUUCGAACAAAUUGUUUGUUGUUUAGAUGAUCCUAUAUACCUUCCAAAAGUAAUUUCUGCACCAUUAGAGAAGGACAACAUAAACAAUAGAACUGGACCACGUCCUGGGGACAUAGCCGAUAAAAUGUGCAAAGUAUACAGCAGCUAUGCUUACGAAUGGUCGCUAACGACUGCUUUUGGAGAAUCUCAUCGGUAUCUUGAGUGUGAAAUAUACAAUAAUGAACUUAUUGCUACUCCACAGUUUUCAAAAGAAGAAGAAUUUCCUCAUAUGGUACAAAUUGGAUAUGGCUUAUCUUCUAAUAUAAAAUGGGGGUGUGCUGGUUCUCUUAUCAGUGAAAAUUAUAUUCUAACUGCAACAAAAUGUAUAAGAAAUCCAGUACACGGAGAUGCAAAAUUCGUGAGAGCAGGGGAUUUUCGUGCGGUGCAGAGAACACAAAAUGAGUAUUUUCUCCAAAUAAGGGAAAUCGCUGAAACAGUUUUACCCUCCAAUUUGUCUUUUUCCAAAAAUCAAAGUUUAUUGUUGAUAAAAGUCAAAAAAGAUUUUGACUUAAAUCGUUUUAUACGACCAGCUUGUCUCUACACUAACAAUGACAUUCCUCAUGGUAAACUCAUAUCGGCUGGUUGGAAGCUUAAAGAAUAUGGUGGGGAAGAAAAUCAACAGUUAAAUAGAGUAUACGUGCAACCUCUACCGGAAGAUAAAUGCAACGAUAACGAUAUUGCGAAUUCUAAUCUUCGUGAUAUUACCGAGAAUAAUUCGAUCUGUACUAAGGCAGAUAGUAAUGGCCAUUAUGGAAAUAUUUGCACUGUGGAUGUUGGUGGACCUCUUCUGCAGUUUCAUCCAAUAUACAAAGACGUUAAAUGCAUGCACGACAUCGUAGGAGUCAAAUUGGACGAUACAGAUUGUGAAAAUGGUGAAAGUGGCAUAAACAUAUAUGCCAAAGUGUAUAAUUAUAUCAAGUGGAUUGAGGAUAUUGUAUGGCAAAAUGUUACCAUAUAAAGCAGUACUAAAGAAUUUGCGGAAAAUAUGUUCGAACUACUUCAGUUGAAUAUUUUUUGAACAUGUUCCUUUAGUUUUAAAAAUCUGUAUAGAAUAUAAAUAAAACUUAUGUAAAAGUUAUUGCGUAUAAAAAUCUUCUAUGUUAUUUUAUUUGCACAUAAGAUAUUUUAAAAUUUCCUUCCUGUUCUGGGUUCUUUUUAUUAAUUUAUGAACUUUACAUGUUUGUUGAAGAUCUGCCUCGUUUUGGUGGUUUUAGUAUAGAGAAUAAUAUUUUAAAUAAUUGGUUGUUCAAAUUUAUCGAAACAAUAUCAAUAACAUGAGAUAUUCUUCUGAUGAUCCAUUUUUAAUUCUUACACUUUAGUAAGUAAAAAUAAUAUAACUUCUUCUUCUUAACAUGCCAUACACCAAAGUGCGUAGGCGACUAUCUCAUUACUAGAAUUCUGUUCUUGGCGGCGUGACACAGCUCACCUGUAUUGUGUAUUCCUGACCAUUCUUUAAUAUUCCUUAACCAGGAUAAUUGUUUGCGGCCAGCUCCUCUCCUACCUUCGAUCUUCCCUUGUAGGAUUAACUGUGGUAUUUCAUAUUUUGCUCCUCUCAAUAUAUGCCCAAGGUAACCAAUCUUGCGUUUUUUAAUUAAUUCAAAGAGUUCUCUUUCCACGCCGGCUCUAUUAAGGACGUCAUCGUUUCGAACUCUAUCCACCCAAGGUAUGCGCAUUAUUCUUUUCAAUGACCACAUUUCAAAUGCUUCAAGUUUGUUGAUAGAUGUUUUUUUCAAAGUCCACGUUUCCAUGCCAUAAAGCAAGAUGGACCAUAUGUAGCACUUGACCAUUCGUAUGUAGCGUAUUUCGAAGUUAAGGCGUUGAUUACACAGGAGCGGUCUGAAUUUCACAAAAGCUUGUCUUGCCAUUUGUAUUCGGGUUUUUAUCUCAUGUUGUGGAUCCGAUUGGUCAUUAAUUGUGGUGCCAAGGUAUUUAAAAGUUUUCACGCAUUUUAUACGAUUGUCACCUAUGCAUAUUAUCGGGGUUUCUGGAGGGUUUCUGCUAAUGACCAUAUAUUUCGUUUUCAAAAUGUUGAUUUUGAGGCCAUAUUUUUUACCUAUGCUAUUCACUCUAUCAAGUAAUAACUGCUGAUCUUUCAAAUUAUCAGUUAUAAUCACUGUGUCGUCCGCAUAGCAUAGGUUGCUAAUUGGUAUGCUGUUCACCUUAAUGCCUAAUUCCGUAUCUUCUAAUGCUUCCGCAAAUAUAUUUUCAACAUAUAAAUUAAAAAGCAUCGGAGAGAGUAUGCAGCCUUGGCGGACACUUUUCCGGAUUUCAAAUUCAUCCGUAUAUUGGUCUUGAUCAAUCCUCACCUUUGCCAUUUGGUUCCAGUAUAGAUUCUGAAUAAUUCUGAUCUCCUUCUGGUCAAUGUUGGCCCUAUGUAGUAGUUCCAUCAUGAUAUCAUGUUUAACAUUGUCAAAUGCCUUCUCGUAGUCGAUGAAGGUGAGAUAGACAUCUUUUCGUUGAUCUAAGCAGUUUUGUAUUAAGGUGUUUAAACAUAAAAUUGCCUCUCUUGUUCCUAGUCCUCCCUUAAAACCGAAUUGUGUUGACCCGCUAAGUUCUUCUAGUAUCUUGUACAUUCUUGAGUGUAAUAUCCUAAGAAAGAGUUUCAACAAGUGACUCAUUAAACUGAUUAAGCGGUGUUCAUUGCAUUUUGUGGCAUUAGCUGUUUUUGGGAUCAUCACAAAGGAUGACUGCAGCCAUUCUCGCGGAAUGUAACCAGUAUCAUAAAUUCUAUUGAACAGCCUUACCAAGAUUUCCAUAUUCUCCUCGUCUAGUAGUUUUAUUGCUUCUAUAUUAAUUUCAUCUGGACCUGUUACUUUAUGCAUCUUUGUGGUUCUAACUGCAUAUUCUAUUUCACUUCGCAUUAUUGAUGGCCCUGAUAAGUUUUCGGAAGGAAGUUUGCGCGUUGGUUGUGUUGCUCUUUCGUCAUUAAAAAGGCUUUCUGCGUAUUCUUUUUACGCCAUUGCUAUCUCCUCUUCUGACUCUAUGUAUUCGUUUCUGUCGUUGCGUAUUCUUGUUCUGUGGUGGCUUUUGUGUAUAUUCGAUAUUUCUUUGAUCUUCUUAUGUAGUCCAAAACUAUCUCCUUUUUCCUGCUCUUCUUAUGUAGUCCAAAACUAUCUCCUUUUUCCUGCAAUUGUUCUAUUUCGUUGCACCUUUCCACCAUCCAAUGUUCUUUUGCUUUCUUAAUUUUCUGACGGAUUUCUUUGUAUAUCUGUUUGUAUUUGUCUUGAUUACGUUGUUGUUUAUGUUGCCUUUGCUUUUCCAUUAGAUCCAUAAUUUCGUCCGUCAUCCAUUCGUUAUGCUUUCUCUUUCUGAUCUGUGUUUUAACUUUCCUGUUUACUGCCAGAAUCGUUCCUUUAAUAUCAUUGACCAUCUCUUCGAUAUCAUCAUUUUGUUCUAUUACUCGCAUUCUUUCAUUAAUUUGAUUCGCAUAACUCUUCUUUAGAUUUUCGUCUCUCAUCAGUUCUCUUGUAUGAGAAACAUCUAUAACACAAGCAAUAUUAUAGGUUCCACUAAAUGUCUAAAUGUCUCGACACGAGCGCUAUAUCAACGAGACAUCGCGAGGUUAAAAGUCAAAGUAUGUCAAAAUUUCUCCUUUUUUACUGAUGGUUCUCUAGAUUAACCAGAUUCGUGGUUGGUUUUUCUUAUCCUUCUCUAUAUUUUCUCCUUUGUAGCGAUGUAGUGGCGUCUUGUAAUUUGUUUGAUUAUUUUUGGUGCGACUAAUUAUCUCUCUCCUGUGCGUGUUGUUUUGCUUCGGGGAAUGAAUAACCAGUCAUGUCCUUUAUUUGGUCCGAUCAUCAUAUUGGAGAUCUUCCUCUAGAUCUUUUACAUGCUCUGAUAUCUUCAGCUAUCAUUAGAUCCAUGCCUUCUCUUAAUCAAUUUAUAUGUCCAAAAUAUCUCAGAAUAUCUUGGUUGAUUGUUGUGCUGAGUCAAGUUUUUAUAUUAAGUUGUGCUAGAAAUGAGUUAUUUGUACAAUCGGCGGUCCGUGGUAUGCGAAGAAUUUUGCGGUAAUAUCUGCGGUAAAUACCCACAUUUCAAAUGCCACUAUACGCUUUGAAUCGGCUUUUUUAUUGUUCAAGUUUCUGAAGCACAGGUGGCGAUAGGAAAUAUCAAUGCUCGAACAAGGCGUAAUUUUGGGGUUUUUGUGAUGUCAGUGUUCUUCCAAAUUUUUUGUGAGUUUGGCUGUGGCCGAUCUGGCCAUUGUGAUGCGUCAGGAUUCAAAACAUGUUUUUAUUUUAUAUUACUUUCUUUUAGAAUGUCACGUAAGUGGAAGGAUUUUAUGAAAAAGCCUUUAUCAGAAAAGGAACUAGAGGAACUGGCAAUACAAAUUCUUGACCUAUCAGAUGAUGUCGACAUUAGUGAAUUUGAAGACAGCGAUUUUGACGAUAAUGAAAUAAGAGAUGUUAGUCCGUCUACAGCUGAAGAAAGUAAAGUAGUUGAAAAUGAUGUAAGUGAGAUUGAAGAAUCAGGAACAGGGGAAGCUAUGGUUGAGGACGAACUAAAUGAAAAAGUUGAACUUCUUGAAGCUAACCGGAAAUGGCAUAAGAAAGAUGUCAUCGAAAUUAUUCAAAGUUACCACUUAGAAGAAGGAGCAGUGAGUCCAGAGUUCGCAGGUUGCACAACGCCUACAGAUGUUUUUCUUAGACUACUUGGAGAUAUUGUGAAGGAGAUUACCUAUCAAAGUAAUUUGUAUGCAGUGCAGAACAACAAGAUACUGAAUAUAAAGGAGAGUGAAUUACUGGCCUUUAUAGGGCUGAACUUUUUAAUGGCGUACCAUCAACUGCCCUCGUGGAAAAUGUACUGGAAUACUUCAGAAGACUUACAUGUGCCUGUUCUUUCGAAAACCAUCUCAAGGAAUCGUUUCGAGAUGAUAUUAGCAAAUCUACAUGUCAACGAUAACCAUCAAAUUUCCAACGACAAUAAAGAUAAAGCAUUUAAAAUUCAACCAGUGAUAGAUACUCUAAACAAACAAUUUACUAAAUGUUAUCAGGGUACAAGAAAACUAAGUGUAGAUGAAACUAUGAUUGUUUUAAAAGGGCGAAGUAGCUUGAAACAAUAUGAUCCGAAAAAGCCCAUCAAAAGGGGCUACAAAUUAUGGUCUAUUGCAGACCAAAAUGGUUUUAUUUUACAGUUUGACUUAUAUCAAGGCAAAAACGAAAAAUUGCAAACCGAAUUCGAGAACUAUGGUUUAGGAGAAAGAGUAGUCCUAUCAUUAACCAAGAUGUACUAAGGACUUGCCUCGAAAUGUAAAAGAAAAGCAGUUACAGCGCGGAGAUUUCGAUUAUAUGUAUUCUAAUACUAACAUCGGUUAUUUUGUGUGGAUGGAUAACAGAGCAGUUCACAUUGCAACUAACUUUCAUGGAUCAGAAGUAAAACAUGUUUCCAGAAAACAAAGAGAUGGUUCGAGUAUAAACUUACCAUGCCCUAGCGUUGUGGAAGACUACAAUAAAAAUAUGGGCGGCGUUGACCUUGCCGAUCAACUACGUAGUUCAUACUGUGUAGAUAGAAAAUCACGUAAAUGGUGGCACCGUCUAUUCUGGGGUAUGUUGGACAUUGCCUUUGUGAAUUCGUAUAUUAUAUAUAAUGAAUUAUACGAAAAAACCAGCCAGCUGGAGGCAAGAAGAUCGGUUGCUGUGGGACUUAUAACAUACGCAACUGAAGCAAAGAAGCGAGGUUCCCGAAGUUUUGAGUCAUCUACACCAAACAAAAAGGGGAAUUAUAAAUACAGCGUGUUGGAUGACGUCAGAUUGGGAAAUUUGGGGAAACACUGGCCUGUUUUUACCACCAAUAGGGGAAGAUGUGAAUAUUGCAGCUCAGUUGCAUUAGAGUCUAGACCUCAAUCAAAGUGUUCAUUUUGUGGUGCCUAUUUGUGUUGUAAUUCAAAUAAAAACUGUUUUGGGAUGUACCACAGCCUUCCUACUUCGUUGUAAGUUCUGUCUAAUAGUAAUCAUUUAUAGAAAAUAAUAAAAGCUUUUAUUUUUAGCAUUUUUUUUCUAUAGCAACAGAAAUCGCUAAUGGUUAUCUCCUGAUAAAAUCUCCUAUUCUAAUUCCUGACGGGACUUGUAAGUCCCAUCUCUUUGAAAAGAGUCUUUGUGGCAAAAAAAUAGAAAAAAAUUUAAUUAUGCUUAAGCUAUCUUAUUAUAUCGAUACAUGUAAAAAAAAUUGUAUUUUUUUUUGAAAAAUCUUAAUUUGGGCAAAAAAGGGUUAACCAAAAUGUUCUUUUUCUUCCUGGACCUCGUUUUCCAAAUAUUUUUCCUUGCAGGAUGGCUUGAAAGAGAGCAUAUCUGGAUUCAUUUUGCAUAAUAUGUCCGAAGAAUUGUAUCUUUCGAGAUUUAAUGGAGGUCAGUACCUCUCGGUUCUUAUUCAUUCUUUUAAGGACCUCCUCAUUUGUGACUCGGUCAGUGCACGGGAUCUUAAAAAUUCUCCGAUAUAGCCACAUCUCAAAUGCCUCCAGUUUUUUGCACGUAUCUUAUAUCGAAUAUUAAGAAUAUGUUCUCUUGUUCCUCUAACUGGUUUUUCUUAUACCUUUUUUAAUUCCGCGAAGCACUGUACAACUCCACACUACCAGAGUUAUUGAAUAAAGUCUUAGUGAAUUAAGUUUAUAUGAGGAUAGUAUAUGGUAUUUUGUUAUCGUUAUUAUACAUUAAUUAAAAUUAAAAGCAAUUAGUAAU